UAAUUCAGAAUUUACUUACUUCAAUACUUUCGAAGAAAAUGGUGAAGAGGAUAUUUUUGACAUCGAUCAAGUUUCCUUUGCAAGUGCCCGAGCCUUGCUAAAUGAUGAUGACGAUGACGUAGACUGGACUGAGAUUGAAGUUGAAGAUUCUGAUCUUUAUGAAUCUUUUCUGACAAUGCAUGAUGUAGAAGAUACAAUAAUCGAAAGGACCCCCACGCAAAAUCAGAAACUAACGCCAUGCGUAGUUAUAGAUACUAACCAAGGUGAAAUAAAGUGUUGUGAUAGCACGACAAGCCUACGUCGAUUGGAGCAAAUGAUAGGAACAUGGGAGAUAGAUGCGAAUGCAGUUGAAGAUGCUAAAGAUAGCGAUCAUCGUCUUGGAGUAUGUUAUUCUCAUUUCAUCCUUGACCAGAACAAGCUUUAUGACCAAGGCAUGAAACAAUCACAUUCAAUUGAGCAGAGCAUCAUCCAUAUUCAUCUCUGCCUUUUCUGUAACAAGAAAAAAUGCUUCUUUAGCCGUGGAGACUGUUGUGAGACGCAUUCAUGGAACAUCAAUGGAUGCAACAUUCAAGUGCCAUGUGUCAGUGCUUUUGAUUGUUUCACGUUUAUUGAGGGAUCCAUUGCACAAAAAUUAUUCACAAGUUUUUAUGCGCGUUACAUCUGCUCAGAAUGCUUCCAACAAGAGGAUGGGCACUUUUACGAAAGAUUGGGUAAAGGCCAAAAAACUGUAUCAUGUACUGAACGUGAGAAGCAUUGCGAUGAUACAAGUGAUGCUCUAAGGGAUAUCAGAAAAUGGUUAAUAUCAGUAGCAGA